GAGAGAAGCAGGGCAGGGCCCGGGGUCAAGAUGGUCCUUCCUGUACUGUUUGUUUACCUCGGCGGCCGCUAAGACACUGAGCACGUGACGAGUCGCUGGAGGAAGGUCACCGCGGCAUGUCCUCUGUCAAGCCCCUGCUGUCAGCGCGGGAAAUGUACAAGAUGGCGGAUGAUGGUCAAAAUCUCACAAAGGAACAAGCAAAGAAGAAAGGUAAUGGUAAGAAUAAGAAAGCUCAUGAAACUCCUCCCCAGAGUACAGAAGAGUCUGGCAGUGUGAAAAACGGAGCCACUGCAUCCAAAACAGAGGGAGAAACUGCUGGCAAGAGACGUCAAAACAUGGACCCACCACUUGUUCCCAAGAAGAAGAUAAAAAAGUCAAAACAAAAAAGGGCUCUAGGGACACCUUUUAUAGUCAAAGAUUUACAGAGUGAGAAAGAUCAAAGUGAAAAUGCUAUGCCCUCAGAUGGUGAAUCAAUCUUCAAGGCUCCAGGGGUCCUUACACCUGUAUCAAAGGGCAGCACUAGUGACCCAGACGGUAGUGAUGACAGUGUUGAUGAACGCUUCUCGAUGAGGCUGAAUGACUCUUACGACAGUAUUGGGACGCUGAAGCUGGAGGCUGUGCCUGGGGAAGCCAUCAGGGCCACCAAUGUCAUGGACAGCCGAGAGGAGGGCCGCAAGACCUUCCAGUGGAUGAUAGGCCCCCACUCGGUGUCUUCAUUUUUCAGAGAUUACUGGGAGAAGCAGCCCCUGUACCUGAAGCGUAAUACUCCAGAUUACUACAAAAACAUCUUCUCUACUUCUGUUCUAGAUAAAAUUCUUCAUGAAGAGAAGAUUCAGUAUUCCAAGAACCUGGAUAUUACCACCUACACUGAUGGCAAGAGGCAGACACACAAUCUGGAGGGGCAGGCAUACCCUUCUGUGGUGUGGGACUAUUACAACAAUGGGUGCAGCCUUCGCCUCCUUAAUCCCCAAACCUUCCACCGCCCAGUUUGGAAGCUCCUCUACAACCUCCAGGAACAUUUUAACUCAUUUUGUGGAGCCAAUGUGUACCUGACUCCUCCAGGCACCCAGGGGUUUGCUCCUCACUGGGAUGACAUAGAGGCUUUUCUUCUACAACUUGAAGGCAAAAAACACUGGAAGGUUUACAAGCCAAGAUCAGAGGAAGAGGAGCUGCCAGAGAUUUCAAGUCCAAACCUUAGCCAGGAUGAUAUAGGAGAGCCUGUCCUUGAGGUCACACUGGAGGCUGGGGACCUUCUCUACUUCCCACGAGGGUACAUCCAUCAGGCCCAGACUGAUGAGGAUGUACACUCUAUCCAUAUUACUGUCUCCACCUAUCAAAAGAAUUCAUGGGGUCACUAUCUCCAGAAGCUCCUUCCAAGGGCAGUGGACCUGGCCAUGGCAGAGGAUGUUGAGUUCCGGAGAGGCCUUCCGCUGGACCACCUGCGAGUAAUGGGGGUGGUGAACAGUGAUAUUGAAACACCUGGGCGGUCAGACUUCCUGAGCAAGGUGAAGGAGCUGAUGGAGCGGCUGCUGCUGUAUGCCCCCUUUGAUGCUGCAGCAGACCAGUUUGGGGCCAGCCUGAUGCAUGAUGCCUUGCCCCCCUUGCUUGGUCCUGAGGAUAAGAUGUGCAGUGUUCACAGUGGUGGAGAGCGAUGGUGCAAGAAAAAGCAGCAGGUUAUCAACUGUGUUGAACUUGAUCCAGACACUCACAUUCGACUCAUCAGAGGAAAUGUUUUAAGGAUGUUGGCUGAAGAAGAUGGAGUGAAAAUUUAUCACUGCCUGGAAAAUACACGCGAGUACCACCAGGAGGAUCCUCAGUUCUUUGUGAUGUCACAUGAGCAUGCACCAGCUGUGGAGGCCCUCAUCCAUACCUACCCCAAAUAUGUCACGGUGGAGAGCCUGCCCGUGGAGGGUGAUGAUGAAAAGAUGGCCGUGGCACGCGGGCUGUGGGAGCGGGGCCUGGUGGUGGCCGCACACCCCCUUGAGAGCCGUGACGACGACUGAUGGACGCCGCGCCUCCCCCAAGGGACAGUGGGCCCGCAGGGCUUCUUUAAGUAACCAUCACUUUUCUGCUAGUAAAUGGCAAUAGGAUUGCAGGUUUUGUAAGCUAAUUCUCUUGUUCACGUUCACACCGUGUAUUUUGUCUUGUUGAAGAUUUAGCAAUAUUUUCACUAACGGAUAUCAAAACAGUUUAUAUGAGUCACGUAUCAUUAAUUGCUUUCAUAGUUAUUAAUUAGUGAGAGUUUUAUAAUUAUUAUUCGUCACGUUUUUACAUCAAAGUUCGUUUAUACGGAUCACUCGAUUUGGGGAGAUGUAUCUCCAUUUCUUAACAAACUACUUCAUGUGGCAAUUAAUAAAACAGGACUUGAUUCA